UACAUGUAUAAAGCCUGUGGUUACUAUACAUCAGAUCCCAGGCUUCGCAGCAAAGGGAUUAUAUCUCACUGAAUAGAAUUCUGGAUAAAGAUGUCCUUCAGAUCAUUUGCUGACUUGCUGCUGUCUGUGGCUCUUCUGCACUUGCCUUUGGCUUUAUCAAGACAAGUUUAUACCACAAGCCACGGUGGGACUUGCAUAGGCCCCUGUGCACAAGAAACAAAAGAAUACUAUUGGUGCAAACAGAAAGGAGGUAACAAUAAAUGGUGGGAUUACUGCUCCACCGAGGAAGGUUAUGAUUCCUACAACAGACUGUGUUUAUCAGGUUGCCAGAGGAUCAGGGGUUCUAAGUAUGAACAGUGUUACACAGAAAACGGCUGGAGUAAAUGUGGCCAUGUAGUGGAAGAGAUUGAGCAUUACUAUACCUCAUAUAACAAACUCUGUGAUAGCGAUUGUAUUCUUGAUGGUAGUUAUUUUGAGUGUACAGACAAAUUAGGAAAUGAAGGAUAUUGUUCACCCUUAAAUGAUGUAACUAUAAAAGGAGUUCUGUGCCGAGAAGAUCACUCCUGUGAUUCCCGCGAUUAUGAUUACACCUGGUGCUACACAGAUAAUAAUAACAAUUGGGAUUACUGUGGGACAGUAUUUAGUAACUGCGAAUACAAUAACCAAAAGAAAUAUGCUGAUGGAGAUGAGGUUUGUAGAAUAACAGACACGGGAAACAGACGUGAGUUGGUAUUAAUAGCCAAUGUGCCUUCCCAAGGUUUACACCAACCUUCAAGAUACCAAUUUACCGAGGCUUGCCGUCUCAUUAACACAAUAGAUGCUAACUUUUGUUUCCCCAAUCGCAUUCAAAGCAUGGCCUCCUCUGAUAAUAUAAGACUGGAUAUGCAAGGAACAUUCGAGCGUGACGGAGUUAGGUAUCUGAAUGUGCAACUUCAACUAAAUGAGCCAAAGCAAGGAUCCACAACCACAACCAUUGCGCAGAUCGGUUUCCCCCAUGAUCUAGACACUGCUGUCUUUGCCAGAUACAUAAGGAGAGCCCUGCAAACCAGCAUGAGUAGCGCUUUCCAUAAAGCUCCUAUAGAGAUUAUCAUAACCAUGAACCGCAUCUAGUGUAUAUCUGGUAUAUAUAAUGUCUUGCUCAACUUAACAAAUAAAAGGGAUUAUUUCAUGAU